UUAUCACUUCCCUUCGACAUCUUUUACUAUGUUAUUUGAGCAAGUGGAAAAGAGCUUUUCGCAAUAACCUGACACGCUUCCUCUAUGCAAUCUAAGAAAAGGCUUUCAUAAAAAAAUACGAACAAUUCCAUUUACAAUGAACUUUUAAAGGAAAAUUCUGUUGACGUCUAUUCAAGUGUAAAAAGUGUUCCGCAUAAUAUUUUAUGAUAUUUUUGCCCUCUUGUAAAUUCUCUUGUGUAACAUCUUUUUUUUAUUUUGAACGUAUGUAAUAAACACAUCAAUAA